UAUUUCGGAGCCAACAUGUGCGGAGGUCACGCGCGAUUGGCUGACGGGACGCGCGCGAUCGGGAAGAACGCGAUGCGAUUGGCUGGUGGCUCAACCAACGGUGUGGCGGGACGCGGGACCGGUCCCCGGUUCCUGGUCCCAAGGCCUGGUCCAGGCGUCAUGGAGCCCUCUCUGUACACCGUAAAAGCCAUCAUAAUCCUGGACAAUGAUGGGGAGCGACUCUACGCGAAGUACUAUGAUGACACAUACCCAUCGGUGAAGGAGCAGAAGACAUUUGAGAAAAACAUUUUUAACAAAACACACCGCACUGACAGCGAGAUAGCGCUGCUCGAGGGCCUCACCGUCGUCUACAAGAGCAGCGUCGACCUCUACUUCUACGUCAUCGGGAGCCCCCAGGAGAACGAGCUGAUGCUCAUGACUGUCCUCAGCUGCUUGGUGGAGUCUCUGGGACAUAUGUUCAGGAAAAAUGUCGAGAAGCGAGCUCUGAUGGAAAACAUGGAUGCUGUUUUCUUGGCGGUGGAUGAAAUCGUUGAUGGCGGGGUGGUUCUGGAGAGUGACCCCCUUCAGGUCAUGCAGAGGGUGUCUCUCAGGCUGGAUGUCUCUGAAGGGCCGUAUGGCUUUGUUCUCUUAGAUCUGCUGGCCAGCAAGUCGGAUGACAUCCCACUGACAGAACAGACGGUCGCACAGGUUCUCUAUUCGGCCAAAGAACAGCUCAAGUGGUCCCUUCUCAAGUGAUGAUGGCCCAAGCAGAAGACUCAAAUCUCCCUAAGCUCCCUGCACUCAUCUUGCACCUCCCUCUAUCUUCUGUACACUCACUCACUCUCAUUUACUCAUUCCCUGGCCGGCAGUGUGAGUUCCCAGAUACAAACUCGCAAAAAACAAAACUAUAAUAUCUGGACUCAUUUCCCACGUGCAGGAAAGCUUGCAUCGUGGAGCUGAGUGGCGGGAGGAAACGUGGAGCUGACACACCAAUUAAAGUCAGCACGAUAAUUUAGAGCUCGUGGAUAAAAUUUCAAAGAAAUUAUUUUAUCACAAUUUUUUUUUAAUCUCACUUGUGCUUUUACUGGAGUCAGGUCACCAGGUUAGGCAGUGUCCUUUUACUGCAGCCUGAAGAUUAACAUUUCUCAUUGUGGAGUAACAUCGCAUGUUAUCAAGGCAGGAUACGGCACUGGAAUGACUCGCUGAACUACUGUUAUCACAGAAAUGAGCCACUCACCCACAAAGAGAUGGUGCUUAUUCAUGCCAUCCAAAGUGGUCUGCCACAUGGAAUUCAAUAUAUUUUGUUAGCAUUCAACUUGGUUAGGCCAAAUGAAACAAUGUUUUUUUUCUAAAAAUAGUUUUUUUUCCCCCUCCCAAUUCUGAUUCUGCUGUCGAUGUGAAAAGAAGAAUCCAUUCGGAAUGCUGGAAGAGCAGUGUGGUCAUCUCGUGAUGGAGAACGGUCCACAGAAGGAGAUAUCAUAGGGCUACUUCGAAAAUCUCGUAAAGUGGCCUAUUUUCCACACUAGGGGGCAACACUUGCCCACCACCCUGCUUUACAGCGGAAUGUUCUUUGUGUGGCAAACUGAUAUUUUCAAUUUUCAGAACUGGAAUUUAGCCAGAUUAAGUAAGACACCAAAUGUAACACUUUUCGGUGCAGUAAUUUGUGAUUGGACUGAGAUCACGAACUCUCUACUUGAGAACCUGGUUUAACCAUGGACAGCUGUCCUGAUUCAAACUCCCGAAUCUCAGCUGUGAUGCCUCAACGCUCUAACUUCUGAGCCACCAGGUCACAUUGAAAAAUCAAAUGUAAUCGGAGUUUUUCCUGCGCAACCUUUGAUUAUCAGGUUAAUACUGUUUGCACCUUACACUUGAGAGCCUGGGUUCAUCACAGGUCGCAGAAACCUGUUUUGACCCCAGAAAAUUGAUGGUACUGGCUCAGUGACUUGAUAGCCAUUGAGAUUUUUGAACCAGUGUUUCAGAUGGAAGAAUCAAGGGUAUGGCGCUAUCCAGAUAACAUGACAGUACACGCUGUCUACUCUAAACGGACACCCCCUGCAGCAAUAGCCAUGUGCGUCUCUCUGUACAUGGUUUAUUUUCCAGCACGUGUUAUUAUUUUCACAUUUUUAGAGUGCCCGAGUGUGAAACUACCCUGUGUGGUGGACCUCGAUGGUUUCUUCGCAAAUGUAAAAUAACGCGGUGCGUGCGAUGUCAAAAUGUAGUAUCGAUGGUGGUGAUAUCGAUGACGGUUGCCGGAAUGGCUUUCUCCAGUGUUGUGAAAAUAAAACAAACAUUGAUAUGUUGUUGUUAUUUUGGAGAAUUUA